GUGCUGCUGGUGCGUCAGGCGUCCGAUGACCGCUUCCCUUCACCUUGCAGUCCAGCGACCUGACAAGGAGGAACACCGCCGGGACCUAACCUUGUACAAGAGGCUAAGAACGAACGGGCAAAUCUACCGUAAAUCUUUCCAUCCUCUCUUUCCAUAAUAUUCUUUGCUAGCAUGGAAAAGUGUCGUUGAAUUGCCUUUGUCCGUCUCCUAUCUAAACCUACCUAUAAACCUAGCACGUGCUUGAACCAACCACUUACCCUGGCUUUCCCUGAAACGACUCUCCAAACAAAGGGAAACUCAUCGGGCCAGAAGCGAUCAUUCCUUCCGUUGCGCUUUUUGCCCCGUGAACUUGGACCCUUCCCUUAGGACGGCACACAACUAAAAGGUCUCCUCGGAACCACCCGACGCCUUGUGUGGAGGCGACGAACAGUCAGGCACCUUCCGUCCCACUCUUGUCUUUUUACCAAACCCCAAAAAAAAACUUAGCGCGGCGACCUCGACCCUUUUCCACCUUUCAACACUCGACGCCGACAACCUCAUUAUCGCGGUUCCGUGUUCAACAUAUCCGACUCGAUUAGCUUGUGCUACAGAGUACGACGCCGACUCCAGUCAUCCCUUCUCUAGGUAUCUCCGCUGGUGGCCCCCCCCGAGACUGCUGAUGCGCAGACACAUGCUCGUCAUUCCCCAGCAACGUCAUUUCUCGGGCUUCUGUUAGAACCUUCGUCUUUUCGCUACUCCUAUCCCUUCUUGGGCUUUUCGGCGGUUUUGAAAGGGCGGAUCUUCGACCUCAUUGACCAUCAGCCGAUCCAAAUCCCCAGCCCGGCGCGAGUUCGUUACCUCAAUCUUCCCUCGUCGGACCUCGUAUUCAUCCGAAAAAAUUCUUGGUUGCUGCUGAGAAAGGCCUCACAUCAGCCAUCGCCUAUCACGCCACGUACCGAUUCAGCCGCCGCCGCCGCCAGUCAUUCCAGCAAAAGUCAUCAAGUUGGCGGGCUCUAUCCGUGAAAGCGUUUCGGCUGUUCGUUCGCUCCUAGGUCCCAGCUUCUGGGUCUAUAGUGGAGUGGACAAGAAACCCCCUUAAUUCGACAUCGCUCGAACCAAGAUUUCCCAUUUUGAACAAACAUCUGCAAUUUAUGUUUUCCGAUCUUGCGCUUUGGUAGCCGACGUUGACGACGACACCCUUUUGUCCCCCUUCUUGUUGCGCCAUUCGGUCAUCGUCGCGGACGGCUCCUGGCCGUUCGCUGCCAUCCGCUGGUGCCUUUUGAGUCGACCUUUCGACGACAAUAUGCGAACCGACUGAUCACCCCCCAUCCCGGGCGUUGAGGGCCAUAGCCGACCCUUCAAUUAUUUCACCAACGACGAUAUAGCAAAGACAACCGAUAUCACACUUAAUUUAACCCACCCAGCCAAGAAGCGACUCCGCUUGUCGCAACGAUGUUUGACCAGGAGGAAAACGUGGGGAACUCCGGGUACUCAACCCCGGUGCCCGAACUUGACGACCACCGGAACCAAUCCGUUUCUGUCCAACGACCCGACCGUCCUCGACGCGGAACAUUCGAUUCUCUAUACGGGCCAGGACAGGUGAUUGAGACGGGCCCAACACGCAGCGAUUCGUUCCAGGGCACAAGGAUCCGAGAUUUUGAGGAAGCUGUUGUUGACGAGGAGGAUCAGGAGAACUCGCCAGUUUAUCGGAGAGAUCGGCGAGGAACUGUAGAGUCUGCUGUGUUAGAUGUUCGGUCUAUCUCACCCCCGAACUCGGUUAAGGCUUUCGCGGAAGCACGCCGAAGGGAGCGAGAUCUCUCCUUCUCCGAGCCAACGAGACCUGAGCGUCGAGUCGAAGAGCCACCCGAGCUGCAGCGGGCUAACUCUAUCGUCAGUCGCCGUAGCUACCGCAGCAAGCAGCCGACGGUGAUUGAUGACACCGCCAGCUUGGCCACCAACAAAUCCGCGGAGGAAGACGUUUGCUUCCCCUUGCAAGAUGAUCAUAGGGAUGACAACUUGCAUAUCGAUUUCCACUACUUGGAGACCUUUAUCAAGGCUGAGAAUGAAGCCCGACAGUCAGCUCGCCGCCCCUCGGCCAUCCGUGUCUUCCCCGAUUUGCGGCCUGCCGAGCCCGAUGUUACCCCCACCGUACCAAUGGUAACACUGGAUGGGGAUAUCCUUUCGGCCCCUUCGGAGACGGAUAUUCGGCGGGAAAAGAGUCAUGAGACAGACGACGAUGCCGAGGCCAAAAGGACUCCACCACCGCCACAACCUCAGGUUGACCAGAGCCGGGUCAGUUUCUUUUCCUCAGCUUGGGAAUCCACGAUCCACGCUGCCGACCUGGAGGGUUUGAUUUUGCCCGGGGAGGACAUUAGAGGGCUUUUCAGUUUCCCAAAGGGGGAGACUGAUGGAGUCUGGUGGCUCAAUAUGAACAAUCCCUCCGAAGAAGAAGUCCGUGCCGUCUGCAGAGCUUUUGGCAUCCACCCCUUGACAAUUGAGGAUAUCACCACGCAGGAAUCCCGGGAGAAGAUUGAGCUUUUCCCAUCCUACUAUUUCGCCUCGUUCAGAUCGUUCUUCAUUGAGGUAGAGGAUACCACCGGGGAAAAGGAGUACGUGCCCUUCAACAUUUACGUGGUAGUGUUUCGCGAAGGCACAUUGAGCUUCAGCUACGCCAACAAUUCCCAUGCCUCACAUGUGAGGAAGAGAAUUACGAUGCUGAAGGACUAUGUCUCAUUGAGUAGCGAUUGGAUUUGCUACGCCCUGAUUGACGACAUUGUCGAUUCGUUCGCUCCCGAAAUCAGCAAACUUGAGCACGAAACCGACCAGAUCGAGGACGAUGUGUUCAUUGCUCGGUCCGACGACAUGGCUCAGUUCUUGAAGAAGAUUGGCAUUGCUCGCAAGAAUGUCAUGGGCUUGAUGCGCUUGCUCGGCGGAAAAGCAGAUGUCCUCAGGGGCUUCACCAAGCGCUGCAACGAGAACUACAAAGUCACGCCACGUAUGGACAUUGGUCUAUACCUCGGUGACAUCCAGGACCACGUAGUGACCAUGAUGACCAACCUGGGCCAUUUCGAGAAGAUGCUGUCUCGUGCACACAGCAACUACCUCGCUCAGAUUUCCAUCGACGGCAUCAUCCAGGGAACUGCUACGAACCGUGUCCUCAGCAAGAUCACCCUGCUGGCCUCCAUCAUCGUCCCGCUCAACGUGGUGACUGGUCUGUUCGGCAUGAACGUUCACGUCCCAUGGGGAGGCAUGGAGACUAUGGUCCCCUUCUACGUUAUUCUGGCCUUUUUCUUUUCAUUCUGCAGUUUGUCGUACAUUUUUGCGAAGCACAAAAAGUUGAUAUAAAUAACGAUGGGCUGGAGUCUCAUGCGAGGAAAUGUGGAACCGUUUUCUAAUAGCUUCUCGUUUUUUUUGGUAUACAGGGAAAGGGCUGCCAAGCAAUGUCGAUAACAUGGCUGUUAUAACAUGGGAGUGUGGCGGUACUAUCGCUUUGUAUACCGUUUUUUUUUUCUUGACGGGAUAGACCAUAGAUGCGUUGGUAGAUACCCCGAAACGUUUGAUAAUAGUGUUGACUCAGGCUGAGUUUCUUGUGAGGGCAGUUAGUUCUGAAUAUUCUACUGAAUUUGUGC